ACCCAUACCAACUUCGGAAUACCUUUCAUUUGUCGGAUGGUGCACCUGUCCGAAUUUGUUUUGAAAACAUGGCGCUGACACUCACCGAGGACUUGAUACGGAAUCGUGUCGGCUUGCAGCAUGAUAAUUUAGAGGAUGUUAAAUCUUUGGCCUUGCCAGGUACAUAUCAUGAAAAAGUUGUUAGCCUUGGUUCAUCUCUACGAAAGUUUUCCAGACUGAAACAUCUCGAUCUUUCUAGAAAUAAUAUAUCUAGCCUUCAGGGCUUGGAACACUUAAAACUUCUGGAGAAGUUAAAUCUGUACUAUAAUAACAUAGAAACAUUAGAUGAGUUAAAGAAACUAAAAUUCAACCCCAAUUUGAAGGAGUUAGAUCUGCGUUUGAACCCAGUGACUCGCACAGAAACAGAUUAUAGACUGUAUCUAAUACACAUGCUGCCUAACUUGCAGAAACUUGAUGACCGUAGUGUGCGGGACAGGGAGAGACAAGGUGCUCUUAUACAUUACAGUUCUAGUCAAGCUACUGAAAUGACAAACCACCCAACCAGAGAGGAACCUCCUUCCAGAAUCCCUAAUCCUAGAGCAGAACAUGUUAAAACAAUGGGUAGUGGAAGAGUUUUAGAUGAUGACGAUGUUGAGAUACUAGAUCUGAUAGCUAGAACCGGAGGUGAUUUAAGUAAACCACGUCCAUUGACCGGGUCUAAUGUGAAGGAACCUUCUGUAGAAGAUUAUUCCAUUGUUGGUCUGAAGAAGCUUUCCCGUCAGCCGGAUGAUUUACCGGAACAACGGUUUCAGCCAAAGAAGAAUAAAGUACCAACAGAGAUGGAUGAUGUUAUUGCAGCUUACAAGAAAAAGUACCCAAAUAUACCUGAUGUUGAAUUGUUCCCACCGUCAGAUAAUGAUGGUCCAGCCAGGAACAGAGAUCCUAACCUAGAGUUUGAUGAUGAGGCAGAUGCUUAUAAUAAAUUCAAAAGUCAUGGAUUCUUUACUCCAAACCCAGAAACAACUGAAGAUGUUGAAGAUAAUGGUGCCAGUUUUAUUACUGCUGAGAGAGACUCAUACCCAGCACCUCCCUCCAGGAUACAGCUAGAGAGAACCAGAGGUGCUGACCCUGAUGAGGAUUUAGAUGUGGAGCCAGGACAAAGGCAGUCAUAUAAUAGGAGUAGGAAAGACAGUUAUGAUCAACCAAGAGCAGAGAAAUAUGAAGAAAAUGAGCUGCCAGUACAAAGAAAGGCUCCUGAAGAACUCUCGGCGAGUACUAAAAAUGUGCCUUUAAAAUCUGAGAACCCAGAAUCAAGAUUGUUCCUAUUCCAGAUACUAGACCUGGUUGAUCGAUACUGGAACGGAUCUAAAUCUUUACACAAAAAUAAUAAAUUCAAAGCAUUAGCAUAUGGUGCAGUAGAUGACUAUUUAAGAUCACAGGCUGAAGACACAAGCAAACUUGAAGUAAAACAGUUAAAAGAUGAACUGGCUGAAAUACGUAAAGAAAAUAAGCGAUUACGACGCAAUGAAGACUUGACAAAAUCCAGUCUCGAAGAUAACAUGGCAACUGAAGCACAUUUGAAAGCAUCGUUACAGAAAGCUUUCACUGAUGUUGAGAUGUUGAAAGAUAAAAUUCAGUCAUAUGCUGCUGAAAAUAAAAGAUUACAGCAGAAAGUACAGAAUCAAGACUCCUAUGGUAACACCACAAACUUAAAUCAAACACAGCUAGAUGAAUUACGUAAUCAAAAUGAAAAGUUAAAAAGGGAGAUAGAGAAACAACAAUUCCAGGUAAAGCAGUUUAAACAGCUCCAGGAAUUGUCCAGUAUGCUACAAGAAAGUCACAAGUAUGUCAAAGCUUCUUUUCAUUUUCUUUUGCAUGAUAUUUUUAUAUGAUAAAUAUAGUAAGUUCAAGAAAAUGGUUUUAUUUUAGU